UUUACUCUCAGUUUCCAGAACAGUAUCUGGAAUAUAUUUGGCACUUGAUAAAUACUUGUUCACUCAGCUAAUAAUGAUUUACAUAUUUGCUAAGCCCUUUUUAGAUGCUUUAUACUACAGCUGUCUAGCUGAACAAAACUGUUUGUCUUGUAACCAUGUGGCUGAGAUUUAUCCCCCAAAAACGUGCUGCUUCAUGUACAUCCAGAAGCAGCUGGUUCUUAAGUUACCUUAACUAAGAGCCACUACAGUAAUGACAAGAAUCAUUAUUUCUAUUGUCCAGUAAAGGCUGUAGCUCCUCGGGCCAUCAUAAUAGCAGCCACCCAUAGAGCCUAACAAGUGAUUUUUUCCUUUAGUAAUUGCACUUUAGUAAUUAUCCCCCUUCCUUCAAUUAAUGAGACCUCAAAUAACGAUUUAGUUGAAAGCAUAGAAUUUUGGAAUUUGACUUAAGGCAAUUCAUUUCUCACCUCAUUUUCUCCUGAAUUCAGGUUAAAAUGUUCAAUUGCGAUUAUAAUUAAAAAGGAGAGGCAGGAAAAAGUGAAAGCCUGGCAUGCGUUAUUAUUUCAGUUUUUAAAAUUGCCUUAUUGUUCUCUAAUAAUCUAGGUCUUAUUAGCGUCAACAGUACAAGGCGAAUAAGACAUAGUGCCUUGGCUUAAACAUCUUAAUGUAGCCUAAGGAAAUACAAAAUGUAAAUAGCAGUCAAUAAAUGUGUUCAUAUUAUUAAUGUUGGUUAAGAAUCCUUAGAGGGAAGAUCUUUUUUAUCCAUCUUUUUUUUUUUUUUCAAUCCAUCUUUUAAAUGAUGGGCUGGGUACUUCCAGAUGAUUGACUUAAUAAAAAUGAACAGCCCGUAUGAAAAUCCAAAAUAACAGAAGAUAGUCUCCACAGAAAUAAACUGCCCAGUGGGGACUCAUAGUGGCAGGGCGUGACACAUGGCUCGCCACAUAGCAUGGCACUUGCAAAUAUGACUUAGGCAAUGAGAAACUGAAUUCAGGAAAUGUUCUUUUCUUUUCUUUUUUAGCUCUUCUCUGGAGGAGGAAGAGUGUUCAGGAGAAAAUAGCCUUAGGAAGCAAAAGGAAUUGGCUAAGAUAAAUAAACACGGAAUGUCUGUGUUGAGACUGAUUUGCAUGAUGGAAAUCUACUUUGUUGGGUUCAGGGAACAAUGCACUGUACUGCUCUAACAGGGCAAUUUCAUAUUGUUUUGGCAUGAAAAUGGGUUAGGAGACACCAUUGGAUGGCCUAGUUCAGAAAAGCUGAGGUGACAAUUGGUUAAGGUGAAAGGAAAAUCUAACUGCUGAAACUCGACUGAUCUGGAAGAAAAUAUGUUGGUGUUUGAUUACCUGUGGUGAGAAGAACUUCUUCGGCUAGGAGUUUGUUGAGUUGUCCAAAUGGUCGUUGAGUAUGCCUCCUCCUAAAAUACAUCUGAGUCAGAACGUGCAUGCAAAUUGAAGUUCGUUUUUUUUUUUUUAAUCUACUAAAUGGAGGAUGUGUUCCAGCUUCUACCCACUUGUAUCCUCAGCACCCCCUGUGUCUUGAAAUUUUACUUAACUAAUUUAGCAAGUCUGCAGUCUUCUACCAUGGCUCAUUCCAUCAUUAUACCGUCCAUCUGCCUUUCUCUUAAUUAACCAGGUGAGUUUGUGGGGACAUCCAUGGACAAUUCUUUGAUUUGAUGAAGCUUUUUGAAGUGGGGGGAUCUCCUGCCAACACUCGCUACCUCUUCUUAGGGGACUAUGUUGACAGAGGGUACUUCAGUAUCGAAUGUGUGCUGUAUUUGUGGGCCUUGAAAAUUCUUUACCCCAAAACACUGUUUUUACUUCGUGGAAAUCAUGAAUGUAGACAUCUAACAGAGUAUUUCACAUUUAAACAAGAAUGUAAAAUAAAGUAUUCAGAACGCGUAUAUGAUGCCUGUAUGGAUGCCUUUGACUGCCUGCCCCUGGCUGCCCUGAUGAACCAACAGUUCCUGUGUGUCCACGGCGGUUUGUCUCCAGAGAUUAACACUUUAGAUGAUAUCAGAAAAUUAGACCGAUUCAAAGAACCACCUGCUUAUGGACCUAUGUGUGAUAUCCUGUGGUCAGACCCCCUGGAGGAUUUUGGAAAUGAGAAGACUCAGGAACAUUUCACUCACAACACAGUCAGGGGGUGUUCGUACUUCUACAGCUACCCGGCUGUAUGUGAAUUCUUACAGCACAAUAACCUGUUGUCUAUACUCCGAGCCCAUGAAGCCCAAGAUGCAGGGUAUCGCAUGUACAGGAAAAGCCAAACGACAGGCUUCCCUUCUCUAAUUACAAUUUUUUCAGCACCAAAUUACUUAGAUGUGUACAAUAACAAAGCUGCAGUAUUGAAGUAUGAGAACAAUGUCAUGAACAUCAGGCAAUUCAACUGUUCUCCUCACCCAUACUGGCUUCCAAAUUUCAUGGAUGUUUUCACUUGGUCCCUGCCCUUUGUUGGAGAAAAAGUGACUGAAAUGCUGGUAAAUGUCCUCAACAUCUGCUCAGAUGAUGAACUAGGGUCAGAAGAAGAUGGAUUUGAUGGCGCAACAGCUGCAGCCCGGAAGGAGGUGAUAAGGAACAAGAUCCGAGCAAUAGGCAAAAUGGCCCGAGUGUUCUCAGUUCUCAGAGAAGAGAGUGAGAGCGUGCUAACGCUGAAAGGCUUGACUCCCACGGGCAUGCUCCCCAGCGGAGUGCUUUCUGGAGGGAAGCAGACCCUGCAAAGCGCUACUGUUGAGGCUAUUGAGGCUGAUGAAGCCAUCAAAGGAUUUUCACCACAACAUAAGAUCACUAGCUUCGAGGAGGCCAAGGGCUUAGACCGAAUUAACGAGAGGAUGCCACCUCGCAGAGAUGCCAUGCCCUCUGACGCCAACCUUAACUCCAUCAACAAGGCUCUCACCUCAGAGACUAACGGCACGGACAGCAAUGGCAGUAAUAGCAGCAAUAUCCAGUGACCACUUCCUGUUCACUUUUUUUUUUUUUUUUGAGCUGCAGGGCAUGAUGGGGAUUGCUGCCUAUCAGCAGUUGGGUGUUCUUGCCUCUGAUGGUAGCUUAUUUGCUCUGGGGGCCAGGAAUUGGAUUCAGUUUACACUAUCAUUAAAAAAGAGGGAGAGAGAUAAUAAACUAUAUUUUGGUGGGGGUGGUGAUUAAACACCUCUUCGGGGUAUGCCUUUUAAAAAUGCUUAUAGGAAAAAAAAACUUUAAAAAGAAAGCUAACGCUAGUAUAUACUGCAAUGUUAGGGGAAUGAACAUGUUUUCCUACUGCAUUGGGGACUUCUAGAUAGGUUAAUGAAAGGUCUUUUAUUAUGUUACUGGACACGAAAACUUUGUCUAAUUUCUUACUCUAUUGUACGUUUACAGUUGCAGCACUAAAAAUGGAUGACAUCAAACAUUUUUAACAAAAUGAUGUACAAACUAAAUAAGGACUAUUUAUUGAUAAUGUUUUGCUACUCUUGUCAGACAAUGGCUAUAAAAUGAAUUAGGCAGUCUUAAAAAACAAAAAAAAAAAAAAACAGAAAAAGAAAAAAAAAAGAAUGUUGCAAAUUUGUUAAAAUGCCAAAAAGGACAGUUUAAUUUUGUACAGAUUAUGCUUACCUCAGGUUUCUUUAGUGUGCUUGAAUGCCCUUCUUUCCAUAUAAACACUUAUCUUAUUAAUUUAGCAAUGAAUAUCUUUUCUUUUCUUUAAGUUUUAAAAAAACUGGAAUAAUUACAUCUAUCUUUUUUUGCUGUUUAUAUUUAGGGUUUUUUUUUUUUUUUCGUUGUUGAUAAAUCAAGUCUUGGUUGUGGCUUGCCGAAUUAAAUAUUUAUGAGUGGUGCAUUUUUAAGUAUAGUGAACAAGACACCAUAUUAAGUACAGUGAUAAAGCAUCUAUAUUCUGUAAAAAAAAAAAAAUCUGCCUAUGCAUGUUUUUUAAGAAAAAAAUGGCUGUAUCGGCCUGUAUGGGACUGUAAUGCGCUUAGUGGUCUGACAUAUACUGGAAAUAUAUGUAUACUGGCGUACUUUAUAUUCUCUAAAAUGCUUAAUGCCUUUGAAAUUUUGUAAUCAAAAAAGCUUUGAAAAAAUCUAAAGGGGAGAGUAUUCUUAAAAGUUUUUAACAUAAGCUUGUCAGUGCACAUAUAGACGGUUAGCAUGUUUAGCAAACCUUGUGAAAUUUAAAUAAGUUUGUAGUUACAUGUGAAACUCUAAAUGCAUGGUAACUGUUAAUGUCAUCACGGUUUAGUUCUUUUGUUCUGUUCUGUCACGUGCCACAAAAUAUGUACUUUUUUCACUUUUUUCCCUUUGUAUAUCAGUUACGGGUUACAACUGGUUCAUUCUGAAAACAACAACAAAAAGUCCAUUCAUAUUUUUUAACAAUUGUAUAAGUGCCCAAGUAAUUCACUACAGCCUAAAGCCUUGCCUUUGUAAUUUGACUUCUGAAAUGUUGGCAAUCAAAGCAUGCACUUGUAACAAUGACAAAGACAAAGCAUUUUAUAUUACUACUCAAUAAAAUGUGCAUGAACUUAAAGAACUCUCAUCCUUUCACUGAGUCUGCUGAAGGGAGUUAUGUUCACAACCACCAUGCUCUCUUCUAGGUGCUGGGCCCACACCACGCAUCACAGAUUUACUCCACCAGGCUUCUCCGAGGUCCUGGUGAUGUAAGGUGUGGUGGGUGCCUACUUCCGCUGUAAGAAUCUUGGUGGAUUUGUGUCUCAAAUCAGACAAGAGAAAUGUAUUUAAAAGAGCAAAUGCCAUCUUCUGGCUCCCUCGAAUGUGGGAGCCAGUUAAGAAACCAGAGCAUUCCUUUUUAUUGAAAAACAAAAAUUGUUAUCAGGUUGUUUCAGUUGUAUUGGAUGCCCUGUCUGCUAAAGCGAAAAGAACUAAGCUGCUAAGUGCAUUUUCAUCACAGAAGAGAGUUGCAUUUGUAUGGAUAUGAAAUUUGUAUUGUGGCACUUCGGCUAAUAUCUAAUCACCCGAAGAUUUAAGAUACACCAGAUUCCAGUUUGUUUCUAACAUUGUUCAUUUUCAGUGCACUUUGUUUUAUGUAAUAAAGUAUGCUUGUGACAUUAAAUAAUUAAAGAAUAUGGCAAUUAGUGAUAUAGUAUACCAAAACAAAGAUGUUCUAGAUAUAUUCUCUGACAAAGACUAUCCCAAAUUCAUUUUAAUGACUACAAACAUGUUUUCCUCUGGAUAUUUUUCCAUCCUUAAAAAAUGACAUCCAAGGAAAAUAUUUAGAUGCAGCCUAUUAGAACGAUGUGAAAGAAAUGGUAAUUCUGAUACUGAGGUGUUUAUUUUCUUUCUUAUAACUGCAGAGAAAAUAUCCUGACCC